GGUGGCUCCAGGCGGGGCCGGGCUAGCCCGUGGCGUUUGUUUCCCCUGGCAAGAAGCGCGGCUUCCAGACCCGCUGAGCUUUGUGUGCGCGCAAGCGGGAGUGACUCGGCGACAAGGCGUGAGCUCAAAGCGGGCUGCGAGUGAGGGGAAGGCGGCGGCAACAACACUAUGAGCGGGGUUGGGGCGGCGGCCAGCGUCGCUGCCGCUUCUCUUCUGGCCGGGAAAAGCGAGAAAUUGGAUGAGGCUCAAGCGCUGGCCCGCAGCUGCGCUGGAAGACCCGACUUUCAGCCUUGCGAUGGGUUGUCGCUGUGCGCCACACACAGUCACGGCCGCUGCUUCCGUCUGCACUGGUGCUGCCAUCUGGGCUGGUGCCAUUGUAAAUAUGUUUAUCAGCCUAUGACUCCAGUAGAACAGCUUCCAAGUACUGAAAUACCUGUUCGGCCUCGAGGAACCAUAAACACUAUUCAGAUUGCUGUCUCUCUCACAGAACACUUUUUGAAGUUUGCACCUGUCUUCCAAGCACCAUUACCACCAGACUCCCCACGGUUUUGCACAAUUUCAGACCUCUUUAUUGACAAUUACCGUGUGAAAUGCAUCAAUGGGAAGAUGUGUUAUGUGCAGAGGCAACCUCCUGCUCUCUCCUAUAAGAUGAAGCCCCAGGAGGUCCCCACACGCAAUGCCUUAAUUUUGAGAGAGAAUAACACACCAAAAAUAGAUCAUUGCUCAUCCCCUUCCAGUUCUGAGGAUUCUGGGAUCAAUGCUGUUGGGGCUCAUUACGUAGAGUCAUGUGAUGAAGACACAGAAGAAGGAGCAGAGCUAAGUUCAGAAGAGGAUUAUAGUCCAGACAGUAGCUGGGAGCCAGAUGAGUGUCCCCUUCUAUCACCCUCACAGUGUGAACUAGAAGUAAUUGAAACCAUAGAAACCACAGUGUGAAAUUUUGAGCUGGGAGCUAGCUAGGCAUAUUAAAACAACACUGGUUUUCUAACAUUUAUACUGGCAUUUUUGACAGGUCCUUUUUUGCAGUGUACUUGAUAUCUCUCAAGGAACACAGUGACAAUAUUUAGCCAACUGUGAAUUAAUUCCUUGAUACUCAUUCUAUCAAUGAAUUUCCAGGAACCUUGCUGUAUAGCUCAAAAGAUACCAGAAUUGACAUCCUUAGUUACAGACUAACCAUCAUCAUCAUGAAGAUCAGCUAAAUUGCAAUGGUCUUGUAAGCAAGUGAUUUUCAGACUGUGGUCCCUAGUUACUUUAGCACCAAACCUGGAUCCCAACAUGAUGUAAACACACACUUUUCCCCAAGAAGGACAUUUGUCUGUUUACAGGCAUUCUGUUAUUAUCAAUCAGUCCAAUUUUAUUAUGGUCAUAGACUGCGUAACUGUUACUAUAUUAUGUAUGGUAUUAUGUAUGGUAGUCUAGGGAUUAAGAGUAUCAGUGGCUUACACCACUUCCUACAAUCUUUUCAGGUAACCUGUGGUAUAUACAUACCACUGAUUAAGAACCCUCUUUGAAAGUCAUUAUCUACUCUGAAAUAAGCAAUUGGUUGGGGAUUUCUCAUUUGGAAUAAGGAUUUAGCCUUUUGUGCAUUUGCUGAAUAUCAAUAGGAGGUUAGCCAUACCUUUGAUGAGCAGAGCUAAAUCCGUAAGCAAACAUUCUUUAUCUACAUGUAUUAUUUUAUGUAGGAGACAAAAAGCCAUGGCUCUCCCCACUAGCUCAGAUGUUAGGUACAUCUUUCUAAAUGACCUGAAUACACUAACUUCUUUUGCCAGCUACAGAGUAACUCAGGAGAUUGCCAGCAUAAGCACAAUACUCAGCUAAUAUAACUGAAACUGUUUCUACAAUAAGAACAUGUCAGAGAGGCUUGAAUUAAAAUCCUUCAAAGGAUACAUUAUUACACUGCCAACUGACCGUUAUAUAUCAUUUCACUGAUAUAUAAUCUGAUGCUAAAUAUUUAAAUUACUGUCUGUAUUAAAACAGAGAACAAGCUGGAUUUUAUCAUAGAAACAAAGCAUAAAUGAGAGAGCUACUCAUCUGAAAUAGGUAUACAGUGAUUGCAAUUUCAAUGUAUAUUCUCAUGAUGAAAAUUAGGAUUAUUUUUUAGAUCAGCCAAAUAUAGCUUGGUAUUUACCCAUCGUAAAACAACAAAACAAAACAGGAAAGGAAAAGGGGGGAAAAAGAUUAAGCCUUCAGCAAAGGGCAGCCAUAAACUUGUGAUGUUUAGGAAAAUCAGGAAAACUAAUCAGGAGAUAUAACACGAACAGUAUCUGUUUUAAAGAGAUUAACACAAGAGUUUUUUGCUAUGGAUACAUUCAAUCAAUGCACUUCCAAACUGAAGGACAAUUGUAAAUGAUAUAUGAACUGACUUAAGAAAGUAUUUCAGUAUAGAACUAGGGCAAUAGAAUUUAAUAGUUCCAUUUAUUAAUCUGUACAUUUGGUGACUUGGGAUUUACAUUUAGUACUGGCUCUAUUAUGUUUAAAUUAUCCACUUGUGCACAGUAGGUUUGAGUGUAGCUAGAUGAAAAGAAGGUGUCAUGAUAGUUUUAGCCUCUGACAUGCAGUAUUUUGAUUUAAAGAAACAAUCUGAAAAAAAAGCAGCCAAUUAUUUUCUUCUAGCUUUGCUUAAUCAUUGUUUAUGUUAUUCAGUAUAAAACAGUGAAAAGUGUAUAGUGGAAAGAGAUCUUUAUACCCCUGAUGUAUUUGUGCCUCCAUUUUAAGUUUACACAAUAUGGUUAUCCUGUCAGAAGAAGUGCCCUGCUAAUUAGUUUAAGGAUUAUGGCCCUUUGAGCUGUAAAUGUGCAUUUCCCCCAAUAUUUUAAAAUAAGAAUUUCAAAUACACUUAAAUAGUCACGUACCAGUGGAUGAAAAUGUUUUACCUCCUAACCUUUUUGCAUUCACCCUUGUUGGUACAUAACUGAAUUUUUUUUCUUGUAACACUAGGGCAUCUAUUAAUAAAUAUAGCCCUGUUUUAUAAUGGUUUAAUUAACUCACUUUCCAUUAAGUUUAGCUAAGAAUGGUAACAUAUAAAUAUGUACAGUUGUAACUCUCAGUAUUAGAUUAUCUUAUGCUGUGUUGUUGAAUGCUGCUCUUUAUAUACAAUCUUGACACAUAACUAAUAACUAAUUUUUAUACAUACACUCAGACAUAGGCACUUUUAGAAAAUAUUUAGAUUGCUGUGUAUUAUGAAUGACUAUAAAAUUAAUAUGUACUUUAAAAUAUACAAAUAUUACCUUAAGAAGUAAAACAAACUAUUUAUUCUGAUAAGUGAUACUAAAAUGCAUUUCUUGCCCCCAUUUCCCAAAAGAGAAAGAAGCAGCACAGCUUUAGCUAUCAGAAGAAGUAAAAUCCUUUCUUAGUAGUUCUGAAAAAUUACAGCAUUCUUCUAAUUUUUAAAGAAAACACUGCUUCACUAUAAAAGUGUGAUCUUGGGAUUCUUAAAGAUUUUCUCAGGUGAUAUUAAGAAUUCUUAUGGAUUUUAUAGAAGAAACUGCAUAAAAUACGAUUAUAUACUCAAAAUUAUUUGGAACUGGAGAUUUAAAAUACAGCUUGUCUGGCUUUGUGACUGACUAUCUCAUGGGUUUUUUGUGUUUUUUUUAAAAAAAGAAGAACUGGGAAUUUUGGGAAUCCCAGAGAGGAUACAGAGGAAUUGGAAAUUAUAUUUGAGAGCAGAAACAGGGCAAGUUUUGAGAGAACCCUUUAGUUUUGUUUAUUACCCUGAAGAAUUGUGAUAUUGCUAGUUUUUUGCAGGGCAGAAGGCACAACAAUCUAAGCAGGCUAAGAUUAGAUGAAUGUAUUCUGAAUUGAGAAAUGGGAGCUGAAGAAAAUCAGCACAGACUUACCUACAUGAGGCAUUCUUGAUUAGACUAUUAAUGAGCAAUAGCUGCAUACAAUAUUAAUCUCUUAAAAUCACUCUGUUUCAAAAUCUUAAGCACAACAGUCAAAGUUGUCUUGUUCCGGGCUUCUCUGGAGAUUUCCUCAGUGGAAGCCAUGCAGGAUUUGGUUGGCUGAUUCAGCACGUAAAUACCGUGUCUCAAACUACUCUCAAGAGCACAUCAUUGUUUCAUGUAAACUUCUCACAAAAUAAUAAAUGUGAAGAUUGUUUUUGCACAACCAUAGAGUAAAGUGGAUUUCUUUUCCACAGUUUUGUGGCACUACAAAUGUUCAUGUCUUAAUGUGAAAUGGUGUGUUUGAUGUUAUCUUUCAUCGUAUGUGAAUGUACAUGGACACGUAAAGUAAGUUGAAUUGGACGUAGCAUAGCAACCAUCACUUGAGAAACACGGGUUGCGUAACAGGUCCAGUUACCACUCUGUUUCAUUAAUACCACAUUCUAUAAAGUCAUUCUAUAAACUUUUUGAAAGGAAAAAAAAUUCAUUUGUAAUUAUCUGAGUUCUCAUGCAGGAAACUCUAGAACUACUUUGCCUUUCCUCUAAUAUCUACCCAGACAUUUUGUACUUCUGCCAAUUAUUAUUUACUUCCAACAUAGAUGAACAAAAAUGGACAAAGAUUUCUGUUCUCUCUGCAGACUUAGUGUCUAGAUAAUAAAUUUAAAAAUCAAGUACAAAAACCAUAUAUAUUUGAGCAGAAUCAUCUAGAAGGUUUUAACGACAGUUUUAGGAACAUUUAUAUGUUCUAGCAAUAUUUGUCAGAACUUUCAUCAGCUUUAUAUAUAGUAUAGCAAUUCAGAACGAUAAUGUACAUGGGAUAUGAUAGAUUAUCUAUCUGACCUUGCAAUUGGAUGAAUAAAAUAAUGGCAUAAAGUUGAUUUUACUUGAAGCUUCUUAUAAUCAUAAAUAGAUAGCACUGCAAACUUCACUUUUCCUAUAUAAUCAAAAUUCACUUCCAUGGUCUAAACAAGACCUAACUGCUUUAAGAAAGGUUAAAUAUUUCUUUGCUACAAUCCCAAAGGAUAGCAGUUGUAAAGUAAUAUCCUGUAAACCGAUAUUUAUUUUUAUAAAAUCUUUCAAUGUUCAACUUUUAUAGAAGUUUCAAUAUAUCGGACGUUUUAAUUUACUUGCCAAAUAUGGAAAGUCACUAAUCGAAAACCGUAAUUAAUAAAGACCCUGAGAAGCUUGAGAGUGGAACCUUUUCUUUCCACUAUUCACAUUAUUUAAAGUGAAACAAGACAGAGGAGUUCCUUCACUGAAUCUUCAUUUUAAAUAAAGAUUAAUAUUAAUAUUUGCCUUGAAAUAUAUUCCUGUUUUUUAUUCACCAAAGAGAAUUUGUAUACGGCCCAACUCUAAUCAAAUCUGGGCACUCUGGAGAUGUAAAGCUGAAUGAAUCUCUCUUUCAUUAAUGCUUUGCAAGAAUUAGAUUUUUUUAGGGAUAUUAAACAAAGGCCUUACCCUAUUUAAAAAACUAUUUUAGAGAAUAGCAAGACAAAAUGUAAGAAACUGCUUGGUCUACAAACAUUAAAUGGCAACACAAUUUCUGAAUCAGAUCUUCGACGUAGAACUCAGAUGAUUCUUCGUAUAAAAUCAAAAUUAUUAUGGUGUUUCAUUAUGAUGUAGAAUAGUAUACACUAAUACAUAGCAUAGAACUGAAACUGCAAAUGGCCUCAAAGCUUAUUGCAUGGAAGAUCAGCGUGAAUUGUAGAUGGAGAGAGAUCCUCAUCCCAUUGUGAGAGGUACAUAUAAAAUAAAAGGAACUAGUAAUAUAUUAAUAUAUUCGCAACUAUUUUCUACUGUUGGAUCUCAAACUUUUGUUUAAUAUAAACGUUGUGUAGAAGCUUCUUGGGAAGCCUAAAGACAGAACAUGAGCAUAUUAAUUCUCACUGUUAUUUCUCACCAACUUAAAUAUUAGAAAUAUACUGUUUCUGAUCUCAGACAACAUAUGCCCAUCAAGUAGCACUGAUAACUCUAUUCUGUUAAUUAUUAUGACUAAUCAUCUACUUUAAUAGCCAUCAUCAUAUCUCGUGGCAGCAAAUUCCAUAAUUAAACUAUAUGAUUAAGGGUUUCCUUUUGUGUCUUCUGAAUAUUUUAUCAUUCUACUCAUUAAGACUAUUUAGUGGAAAAGGGGGAAAAAUCUUUUUCAAACUAUACAUUAUUUAUCAAAACUCCAGCAUUCAUUUCUUUCAUCUGAAGAACUGCUCACACUCCUGGUUGAUUUUUUUUAGAAUUUUUCUAGCUUCGAUUAUGCUUUGUAAAAUACAGCAAGCAGAAUUUUUUAAUUAAUAUUUUGUGUUUGGCAUAUCAUACUUUUUCUUUUAUUGGUUGAUAACUCUAGUAUUAUGUUCUAUUCUUUUUGGUUUCUGAUUGUAAAUAAAAUAAAAACAAUGUUCAAAACAU